GCCAGACUCCGGGGAGAGAAGUUUUUGCAAUAGGAUUUAAGAUCACAAAAAUCAAUGAUCAAUGAAGUGAUUGGUAUGAAAGAAAAUUAUACAAAGAACAUCAUGAACCUUUUAUAAAGAAAUCUCUAAAUGGGAAAUAGUGGAAGAAAACAAUUAAUGUUGCCUUCAUUGGCUUUGUCGAUUCUGAAUUAUCAAAGUGACAAUCUAGAACAAAUGUGAGUUUAGAAAUGAUCUUGUAAAUAAGAAAAAAAACGCAUCGAAUGACGUAGCUAGAAAACUGGAUUAAAGCUGUGUUCAAAAAGCCUUCCGUCAAUGUAGAUCAGGAGGCGAUUACAUGUGGUUACACCGUUUCUUGGCAGAGGCAUAAUCGCCCCAUUGCAUUCGCUGUAACCUCAUGCCUCUAUUUUUCUCUUCCUUUUCCUUCCUUCUUCUCCUCCUCCUCCUACUUUUCCUACACCUCCUACCAGUGUCCCUCGCGGACGCUGGUCACUUACCUCCAGGACCCAACCCUUUGGAGCAGACACUUGAAAUCCGCGACUCCUUCCCCCCUCAAACCCAAGAUGUCAGUGGACUCAAGUUGGAUUUCUCAGUUGCCUUAGCAGAGGGUCAACAGGAAGAUGAAGGGAAAACAUAUCACUCUCUCCGGGAAGACCAGUCUCUUGUUCCUGAGCAGCCAGGGAUGCUAAAUUUAGAAGGACCCAUAAAAGUCACGGCGCUCAUCGGAGAAAAAUCCUACGUCGAGGAAGGGUACGUGGAGCUCAUAACUGAGCCCCGAGCAGCGCCCUUUUCUGCCUCAUUGUUUCCCUCAUCCUCAUCAUCAGCUUCUUUAUCAGUAGCAUCUUCGUCAUCUCCACUUCCAUUAUCAUCAUCGUCAACAUCAUCACAUAGUCCAUUGCCGUCAUCCUUUUCGCCGUCAUCGUCGCUCUUGUCUUCGACAUCUACACCAUUUAUAUCAUCGCCGUCAGAACCGACGCCCUCAUUAUCAUCGCCCUACACCUCAUCCCAUCCCAUAAAGUAUCCCUCUGCUCUCCCCUCUCCAUCUCCCUCUCCCUCUCCCUCUCCCCUCCCUCUCCCUCUCCCUAUUCCAUUCCCAUCCGGGCAGAGAGGGGAAAGACGAAGGUCUCCCUGGGAAAUGAAGAUGCAUUAUCCCCGACAUUUCUCGGUCGUCAAGGAAAUGUGUUACCGAGCAAAACUCAGCUUCCCUUCAUUACGGAAGAUGGAUGGGAAGGUUCUAACGACACCACGCGGCGAGGUUCCGCCCGGAAUAGAAAAACGAGCCCGCAUCCUGUGAAAAGACAGAGUCAAAAACAAAAUCAGCGAGUCCAUCCCGUCAAGAGACUGAUCAGAAAAAGGAACCAUCAUAAAUAUAGAAUGUCACCGCCCCUGGUAAGGCGUCAGGAGGUGCAUCGCCUGUCCAAUUUAGAGUCAAAUUCUUCGUUGGAUUUAGAUCUGAGCCAGAAUGAUAAGGAGGGGGACCAGCAACCUGAGUUUCGAGAAACUAAUACAAAAGGCAAUUGCAAAAUAAUGGGAGAAAUUGAAAGAGCAAACUCUGGCGAGUCCCCGCUGAGCGGUGAAGUGAUCGAAAAGAAACAAACAAAAGGGAAAAGGCAGAAUGACGCGGAAAUAAUCGAGUUGGUUCGAGCAGCCGACGCACCUGAUUCCCAUCUUAGCGGCGAACUCCCGGACCAAUACAAUCAAUUUGGUGAAAGGGAUAAUAAAUAUCCUGGUAUCACAAACUUAAUGAGAGACGAAAAUGGCCUUCAGCCGAGAAAUGGAACUCCGGGGACAUAUGACGAUCUCGAUUUUCCUUUCCAUUUCAACAAGAGCGAGAACUUAGUUGACGUCGAUCGGGGACGCCCUGGAAGCAAAAUACCAACAAAAACUUCUCCUCCUCCUCCUCCCCCCCUUCCUCCUCCCGCCAGAGUUCGACGAAAUGCUUUCUAUACCAGAGCGGACAUUGCCUAUGAGCCCGUGAGGAAAAACAUUUCUCCGUUAACACAGGUCAAUGCGCAUGCCCAAGAUUUAUCUCUCCAGGUUCCAUCGGUGAGACACGGUAGGGAAAAAUUUUCGUUCAUAGUGAGAAACUCGUACACCAAAGUCAAAAGAAAUUUUGAAAAUUCCCUCCCUAAAAACUUUUCGUUGAUAUUCAUCAAAAACUACCCAAAAAUUGCGGCAAACUAUCAUUCAAGAUUCCCAAAUCCUCACCAAAUCUCUCAUCAAAGUAUCAAUCCGCGGCCGCUGCCACACCAGAGUUCCCCCGAGAUGGCGGCGCUGCAUUCUCGGGGAGGCAAAAAGGGGAGCAAACCUUUGAAUUCUCACGCCACCCGCCAAUCCAUUCACGCCAGAAGUGGCGCCAAUCACGCCAGGGAUCGUUUACAUAGCAAGUCGCCUACACAACGUCAUGCUCGAAGCAGGAACAGAUCUAAAAGAAAAGUGACGGCAAUUGAAGUCUGGUCGCUGGCAGGAGACUCGGCUCUUUUGCCCUGCGACCUCAGCACCAGAUCACCUCAAGAUUCAGUCCAAAUGGUCAUGUGGCUGAAAGAGGGAAGCCACACCCCGCUCUUCAGCGUGGAUUAUCGGGAACAAGCGGGAGGUCGACCUCAGGUCUGGAGGGACAACAGCUCUUCCACAGCUUGCCGAGCUCACCUCCAUCUUGCGGGCGUGAAUGUGGGCAUGGAGGAAUGUACCCAACCUGCCACAGGUUAUGCCUACCCUAGAGAGUUCAGCUUUGGCACUGACUUCUCAGAUUACCCGGUAUUACGGGCAGGGUAUUCUGAAGACCACGUAGUAGAGGAACCCUCUUCCGAGUCCUCAGGAGGCCUAGUUCUGAGGGAUGUAGAAUUGGAAGACUCCGCCAUCUACCGGUGCAGAGUGGACUUCCUACUCACCCCCACGAGAAACGCUCGAGUUAAUCUCACAGUUGUAGUGCCACCAUCGAGUGUCGACGUUGCUUGGCUCCUGGACAAAGAGAGGAAGACAGACGUUAGUAAUGAAGCCGGACCUUUUCGGGAGGGAGAUUCACCGACCCUCGUUUGCUACACUCGCUCAGCGUGGCCUCCUCCAAGAGUAGUGUGGUAUGAAGAGGACAUGAUGAUCGAUGACUCGUUCACAGUAGAUCCGAAGAAUGAGGCGGUAGUCAACAGCAUUACUCUGAAAGGUCUCACCAGAAGCUAUCACGGUCGACGGUAUACGUGCUUUGCUGCCAACUCCAAUCUCACGAGCCCUAUCUCUUCGACCAUUGUCAUCAGCUUAGCGCUGGACGUUCUGGGCGUAAGAAUGGAUGACAUCGAGGUGCUCUCGGCCGGGAUGAGGGCGGAAGUGAAGUGUACUGUGUGGGGUUCCCACCCACGAACCAUCAUCACCUGGACACUUGGAAACACUCCACUGCCUGAAGCUAACAACUGGGUGUCUGAGGACGGCAACCGCACUGUCUCUAUGGUGAGCAUCAUUCCCGAGUCUAGCGACGACGGCACGAGUCUGAGGUGCGCUGCCCACAAUCCAGUGCUGACGGCAGAACCUUCUAGCGUCCAUCAUCUCUCCAGUCACUAUGACAUGAGACUACUCAACGUUAAUUAUCCACCCAAAGUCAACGUCACCCUUGGAAGAUCACUGGACGCAACUAACAUCAAGGAAGGCGAUGACCUCUACUUCGAAUGCUCGGCCGUUGCAAAGCCUCCUCCUCAUAAGGUUACCUGGAGCCACAAUGGCGAGGAACUGAAAUCCAAAAAUGGGAUUUUGGUGUCCAAGAUGACUCUGGUCCUCCAGCACGUGAGCCGAGCUAAUGCUGGGACAUACAUGUGCCUUGCCACUAACUCAGAGGGAACAGGCAGCUCGAAUCCCCUGCAGCUCGACGUUAAAUAUGCUCCUGUGUGUGCAUCAUCGGUUGCCUCGCAACACAGCGUGGCAAAGCAUGAGAACGCGCGCAUAUCGUGCAACGUCCUUGCAAAUCCUCCUGUCGUCGAAUUCAGCUGGGCUUUCAACAACACGGCAGAAGCUGUAACUGUUCCCCAUGACAGAUAUGUUGUCCACGACACGGAAUCGGUUGUCAAUUACACCCCAGUUACUGAACUAGACUACGGAACUCUGCUGUGCUGGGCCACCAAUAAAAUAGGUCAACAAGACCAACCUUGUGUCUUCCAAAUCAUCGCCGCAGGGAAACCUGAUCCGCCGCAUAAUUGCCGAGCGUUCGACGUCACUAUUAGCUCUCUCCAGGUGUCCUGUUUACCUGGAGAUGAUGGGGGUCUCGGACAAGCUUUUGUAUUGCAGGUCCUCGAAGCCAGUGGCGAUUUCGAACCAGUGGUGGAAGUCCGUCGAGAAUCACCGUCCUUUUCUGUUGCUAACCUGCGGCCUGCCACGGCCUACCGCCUGCUCAUCAAAGCCAGUAACGCGAAGGGGGAAUCGAGACCGGCUGAACUAAGUGCCUACACAGUGGCACUUAAUCAUCCUCAACACGAAACUCCCGCUGAGCCUACGCGUGGACGUGAAACCGGGAGUGAAGUAGCUGUGGGUGUGUUGGUGGGCGCCAUCUUGGCAUGUCUUCCGGUUGCCAUUUUGAUAACGGUCAUCGGUGUUCGAACCUGCAUGAGAGUCCGAGCUGCUCGCCGAAGGGGAAGCCAGAGUGAAGACAGUGAGAAAGACGGCCAUGAAAUAGAGGGAGGAGUCACGGGGCGACCUCUCAUCAAUAAGCAAGGUCGACCUGGGUCAGUGGGAGGAGUUUCCGCCGAAACAGGUUCAGACAUCACCACAAUUACCGGAGGGGCGGGACUCUCCUCCACUAUUGCUCCGACCCCCUCCCCGCCCCAGUCACACCAUCCUUCACAGGUACCUUCCUCGGAAGCCCCAGGGGUUCUGUAUCAAGGCGGGAGAAUCUACUCUCAAGAUCCUUCCCAUGAGUUAGGUGUCCAGGUCAUAACUGGUAGUUCUAAGCUUCAACAGAGAGCUUACGUCCCCAUGGAAACCAAGUGUCAAGGGGAGAACGAACUCCUGGAAAUCACCCUCCCUCCCCCAGCAGCGUACGACCAGGGAUACCAAUCUGCCCCACCACAAAUGUACCAACAGGUUGCUUCGUGUUACUCUCCAGCGGGGCAGAGUAGUCCACGGAUAGUAGGAACUCCAGGAUACCAACAUGUCUUUCAAGAUUACCAAGCUGGCAUGCAAGGUUGUCAUCUCCCAGCAACUGCUUCUGGUUACCCUACAGUACAGUUAAAAGGUCUACAGGCGAGUAGCCCUCAAAUAGCUUCUGUGAAUACGGGGCAGGACUUUCGCUAUCCCAAAAUAGAUUUCCAAGAAACAGCGCAUAAAGUUUCAAGUUCUGCUUCUUUUGCUACUUUACCGUUACAAAGUAAAGAUAUGAACCAAGACACUAAAGGUCAUAAUCCAGAAGGCAAAAUGUCAACAGUGUACAACCCUUUAGCACUCUUUCCCUCUAGUCCCAGUUACCAACCAAAGUGUGCGGCUAACAUUGCCUCUAGUGAACGGGCAUCUUAUAAUACAGGAUCGCUAAAGAGGCCUUUAAAACCUUCAGGACAAGACGUUCAGAGAAUACGUGAAAAUCCAAGAAAUAGGAGCGCCAGUUUAUCAGCUGACCGAUCCAAAAGAGAAAGUUCAGUUUAAUCUGAAAAUGAGUUUUUUCCACUUUCUCUUCAAAGUAAUGUAAAGUGAAAGACAGUAAGGAGUACUCUGAUCAUCUUUUUCUAAAGGAGUCGAGUAUUUUUCUAAGAAUUUGUGAUUGCAAGGUCAUGUCAAGGGUGUUGUAAGUAUUUUAGCAAAUUUUAGGUCUGUCUUUUACUUCUUUUUUAUAGAGAGAAAGACACACGAGCAUGACUGUAUCAAAGGUUAAGUAAAGGAAAAAAAGAGAAAUAAAGCCGCGAAUUAAUUUGUUCCAUUUGCAUAAACCUCCAGCAAGAACUUAUAUUUUCAAUGGGAAAAACUUUGGAAUAAAUCCUAGGUGAUCAAUCAUUUGUUACCUACUGUCAUCUGCGAGAAUGAAUCACAACCACAUGCAACAAUUACUGACUAUUGUUCAAUGCUCAGCGAAGUUAAGUUUUGAAUGAUGGCGAACUCGGUCCAGGAACUGACUGCUAGGAACAAAAAUUAUGAUACAAUUAUUCAUAUGUUAUUUUUUGGUGAUUAUGGAACGCAGAAGAAAAUCAAGUUGUUUAUUAUCGCUUGGUUAGGUAUCACAUUAUAUAUAUAUCUUCAGCAUCCGUUACAAAAACACCUCUAUAACAUUUACUAAAACUUAAUGAAGUCUCAAGUAACAAUAAAAAUAAGGAGAGUUUAUAUCUAUUAUACUAAUAUGAGGCAAAAAUCUACUGCAACAAACUUCCAAAACAUGAAUUUAGCAGAAUGUAAAUUCCAUUAGUACCCUGUAUACAAUUAAAUCCCUGAGGCUCGUGAGCCUGUCUUCUUGGCCCGACAUAGGAACAAAUUCUUAACAGUCUUUAUAAACAAUUAUACAUAAUGUUGUACAUAAUAACAUAGUUAUCAAGUUUCUACGUUUUAUAUGACAUUGCUCAUAUCAUGGAUGAUUUAAGAGAUGGUGUUUCAAAGUGUG